AUGGCAUUUGGAAGUUGGGAACAAUCACGCAGUUACCUGCCUAUAUGGUUCACAGCUGCUCAACACUUUAUACCAGGUACCAUAGUAAAAUACAAAACUUCAUCUUCAAUGGAGGAAGGUGAUGAUAACCCUCUUAGGGUGAUUCUUAACCGUGUAUUUUGGGCGUUUAAUCCAUGCAUUGAAGGCUUCAAAUAUUGCAAGUCACUUGUGCAAGUAGAUGGGACAUUUUUAACUGACAAAUACCAUGGUACUUUGUUGACUGCAAUCAGACAAGAUGGUAGUAGGAACAAUUUUCCACUUGCUUUUGCAAUUGUUGAGAGCGAGACUAAAGAAACUUGGAUGUGGUUCUUGCAUUAUUUGCGAAGAUAUGUUACUCCGGAACCAAAUUUGUGUAUUAUAUCAGACAGGGGAACCAGUUUGCUAGCAACUUUACAAUUCGAACACGUUGGCUGGAAUGGACCAGAUGUUUCGUCUGUAGGGUAUGAGAUGAGGAAAUCACGAUUUGAGGCUAAGUUGCUCGCUAUGCGAGUAGAGUUUCUACAAGCAGCAGAUUGGUUGGAUCAAAUUCGUAAGAGUAAAUGGACUCAGGCCUACGAUGAAGGAAAGCGGUAUAGCCAUAUGACUACCAACCUUGCUGAAUGGUAUGAGAUGAGGAAAUCACGAUUUGAGGCUAUGCGAGCAGAGUUUUCACAAGCAGCAGAUUGGUUGGAUCAAAUUCCUAAGAGUAAAUGGACUCAGGCUUACGAUGAAGGAAAACGGUACUCCGAAGACGUAUAUGUCAUGAUGCAAGAAAAUCAACACAUUACUACCUCGCAUUAUGUUCGCAUGUAUGUUCGAGAAACAGGGGAAUUUGAGGUUCAAGAAAUUGCAAAUACGCUACUUGGUCGACGAGCAAUGGCAUGCACUGUCAAAUUGAAUGAAUGGUCGUGUGAUUGUGAACAAUUUCAAGCACUUUGA